GUCAAAGUUGAAUUAAUAAAACAAAAUGCACUUCAAUUACUUAUACGAUGUAUAAUUGAAAUUGAAUUUGAUCCAAUUAAAGUCAAACCAAUAGUUCUCGAAAUUCUUCUUGCACUUUCAUUUAAUAAUGAUGCUUUAUCAACUUUAAGACAAAAUAUAAAUUUUAUGUUAACAAUUCGAAAUCUUGUCAAUAGUACCAAUUCGAAUAAAUCAAAUUUACAACGAGCUGCUGAAGCUCUUCUUUGGAAAUUAGAAAAAGAAGCUGAAGCUGUUGCUAAAUUAACUAAUUCAAAAUCAUAUAAAUACGAUAUUAUGAUAAGUUAUUCACAUAGUGACCGACAAUUAUGUUAUCAAAUUCAUGAACGACUUAUUCAAGAUGGAUUUAGCGUUUGGAUCGAUCGUGAUAAUAUGUAUGGAACUACAAUGAUGGCUAUGGCAGAAGCUAUUGAAAAUUCUGAAUUUAUUCUCAUAUGUAUGUCAGAUACAUAUAAACAAAGUGUCUAUUGUCAAUCGGAAGCACAUUAUGCAUUUGAACGACGCUGCCAUUUGAUACCACUUAUUAUGAAACCUUGUUAUAAGCCUGAUGGAUGGCUCGAAAUUGAAAAAAGAAAUAAAUCAACAUUGUCAACUGAAUAUGAAUUAUUCGAUGGUAAAAUCUAA